UCGAGCGUAACGUCCCUAACUGUCGGACGAAACAUCUGUUUGGAAUGAAGCGGAGCGAAAACGCGAGACUUUUUUUUUAAAUAAUUAUUAUUCGUAUUCCGUAACGCUUACAUCUUCUGAUCUUCUUAUGAGAACUCCUCCCUGGAAUCGCAACCAUAUAAUAAACAAUAGUGGAAGAUAAAAUUCCUGAAAGAAAUUCAAACAAGUCAUCAAUUAAUGUAUAAAUCCCAAAGGAAACAGGGAAGAAGUAAAGACAGCCUUUACCACAUCUGAUGAUUAGGAUUCUGGUGACUCAGGAUGGACAGUUUCAGGCGGACAUACCUGCGGCUGUGUAAAGAGGGAGGUGUGGAACCUCAGGAAAGUGUGCUGGUUCAGCUCCAGGAGACCAGGACCACUCAGAGCUCCAGCCUGGACCUAAGUGGGCAGAGCCUGUCUGCAGAUACCUGCACAGUGCUGGCCCGGGUCCUGCAGAAGGAUACUGUCUUCACAGAGGUCUCGCUCUGUGACUGCAUGCUCAGUGAAGAAGCUGCCAAAACACUCCUGACCGGACUGAUGGCUAACACAACUGUAAAAACUCUGGAUCUGAAGGGGAACAACCUCAGGUCAUCAGGUGCUGAGAUGCUGGGAAAGUUGUUGGCUUUUAACAAGUCUCUGCGUCGGCUGGUGUUGGAGUGGAAUGCUUUGGGUGUUUUGGAAGAAGCCUUUUCGCUCUUCUGUGAUGGUUUGGCCUCCAACAGCGUGCUGACACAGCUGGACCUGCGCAACAAUCAGAUCAGCCAUAACGGAGCGUCGGAGCUCGCGCUGGCCCUCAGAUCCAACAGCACCUUGGAAGAGCUGGAUUUAAGGUGGAACAACGUUGGUCUGUUGGGGGGCAGAUCCUUGCUGGAAGCGCUGCAGAGAAACAGGAGCAUAGUGCAUCUGGAGAUGGCCGGGAACAACAUUCCCAGUGACACACUGAAAUCUCUCGAGCAGAUCACGAGACACAACUCAGACAGACAGUCCACCUUAAGAGAGACCAGCAGCAGGACCCAAGUCCUCAGCAAGGAGAUACAGACACUGAAGGAGGAGAAGGGUCGGCAGUUCAUAAGCUUGAUGGAAACCAUCGACAGACAGAGGGAGGAGAUGGGGCGAUCCAAUAGGUCAGCAUCCGUUCAGGUUGGUCAGCUCCAGGAGGCUCUGAAUGAGAGAAAAUGUGCUGUCAACUCUCUCAUGGCCAAGCUGCAGAUGACUGAAGCCGCCCUUGCGCUCGCCGAGCAGAAAAACCAGAGUCUGGGAGAGCUGCUGAGUCGGGUUCGGGCUGAGAAAGAAGAACAGAGGGAGCAGCAGGGCCAACGGAGGAAGAAGGAGGAAGAGGAUAAUGCCCUCAGGGAAGGAAAGCUCCUCAGAGAAAUCCAAAGCCUGACUGAAAACAACGGCCAACUCAGAAAUAAAGUGGAGGAGAUGGAGCGCAGGUGUAAGUCUCAGCAGCAGCAGAUCUUUGAGCUGAAGCAGGAACUGACCAACAACACAGCUGAGCUCAAAAUGCGCCUAGCACAGGCAGAAGAUCGUCUGGAAACAGAGAAACGAAGGUCCAAGCAAGCCCUGGAGGACAUGGACAGUCUCCGUCAGAAAGAGCUGGAUAAUGUUAACCGCCAUCUGGAAGACGAGAGAUCCCUGCAGGAGCGCAUCUUUACUGAGGGACAGCGGAUACAGCUGGAGGAGGAGCUCAGUAAAACUAAAGCAGCUUGUGUAACUGAGAGGGCCCAUGCAGAGGAGGAGCUGGGAAGAGUACGAGCUCAAGUUCGUCUGGAAGAGCAGGAGCAUGUGUCCUCGCUAGAGGAGAAGCUCCGCUCGCUGCGGUCCUCCCUGCAGGAGAUGCAGCUUCACUGCUCGCAGAGAAAGAACAAGACCAUCUCCGAGCUGCAGGCCAAGAACAGCCAGCAGAGCAUCCAGAUGGACGGUCUGCGGCGCAGGAUUGAGGAGCUCCAGCAGGAUCUGUCCGGUAAAGACCAGGAGAAGGUGGCCGAGGUGAGCCGGGUCAGAGUGGAGCUGCAGGAGCAGAUUGCACUUUUCCAGGCAGAGGUGACGGCGCAGGGAGGCCUGAAGGCAAAGAUCAGCGCCCUGGAGAGGGAGAUUAAAGUGCUGAGCAGCAACCACAGAGAGGCGCUCCUCGACAAAGAGAGCGAGAUGUCCUCCAUGUUGGAGAAGCUGCGGCUGAAGGAGGCAGAGAUCCAGAGGAUGAGAGAGGACGAGGCCCACAGAGCCAGUUACCUGCAGAGCGCCGUCCUCAGCUACGUCCAGGGAUCCCCACUGGGACUCUACAGCAGCCCCAAGAAGUGACCUGAACCCAGAAACCUGCACAGGUCAGGACACCCUGCUGGAUAAAACUCUCAGGUCAGGACUUCCUGGAACGUUUUACCAUAAACAACAAUCUGGAACAUAAAACAGCUUUACAAGACAGAAAGUCUUUGCUUUGCCUGAUCCAUCCACAGAAGGAACAUCUGGAACCUGAUCCACAGCUGAGCUCUGCUGACAUGCUUAACAUCUGCUCCGAGCUGCUUCUGAAGCAGGAAGUAGCUAUAAGCUCCUGUUUCAGACGCGGUUCAUGUUACCGGCUCGAUGCCACUCAGACGGAGCAGGUUGUGUUUCAGCUUGUCGUUUCUUUGUGCAGGAAUCCAGCCGACUGCGGCUGCAAGAUCAACUUAUUUCAUCCUCAUAGUCCUGAUCGAAUCAGUUUUCUAACGCCUCCUAUAUGAUGUGCUACUACAGGUUUUUACUUGGUUUCCUCGCAGGGCUUUUAAUAACGAGCCUAGCUGUUGGAUAAAAACUUUAAAACAUGUUUUUUGCCACUCCUGAAGUCUUUAUUCUCUUCCUUUGCCAGAGCUCUGUGAAAAACCUGUUCCUGACCGUUUUCACUGUUUUUUCUUUGCUUUAAUCCUCCUACCUCCAGGGACGAACCAGUUUUCCUGGUAUUACAUGAAGAAAAGAGGCUCUCUGGCAGGUCUGUGUAAGGAACAUUUUAACCUUGGUGGGGUUCAAUGAAUCACACAUUUCCUGCAGCUUUGUCUCAGAUCAGAACAUUGGGAAUAAAGUGAGAUUCAAUAUUUAGCCAAAGGACACGUGGACAUGUGGAGGAGCUCAGGUCAGCUGCUGGUGUGUCCAUGGUCCAAUGUAAAAAUACGCCUUAACGUUGUGUCAGACCUGUCAGGUUCUGAUGGAGGACAAGAAACUGCUGAGUUUUAAUGUUAUUUUAUAAAUGAAGUCCAAACUGCAGGAUAUUCCAUCAGAUGAAUUCAGAUGUUGUUUUGGAUUUUCAUCUUAAUAAAUAAAAAUGUAAACAU